GUCUGUGCCCAACCAAUUCAUGAUACACCCGCCAAGCCGCUUCCGAAUCUUCCCUUACCCUCCGAACUUCACCAAAUGGCUUCCCCAGUCACACAGCGCCAGCAUUCCUAUUGUUACUAUCAUUCUCUUUGAUUAUUUAGGUAACCAUGACUCCACAAGAAGUCGCGCUUCCUGCUCGGAGUCGUUCGUGCAGUGGUAAUACUUACAGGCGCGGUAAUACUUACAUGCGCGGGCAACUCAAUCAAAUGAUGCAACACCGACGAUGCGUCAAUCGCAUGAAUACAUCUUGCAUUUCACAUCUGUUUUGAAAAUUUAUUGCUGCAUUUAGUUGAGCAGGGACAGAUAUCAUAUUUAUAAUGUCUGAGUUCAAGUUCGUGGCUCCCUCACACGCAUCCUCGAACAACAUGACCCUGGUCUCAAACGAUCCCAGUUGGUGGCCGUCCAUCCAGUCGUAUCAUGUUUCCAGCUAUUUUGGAGUUGCUGCCUCCGCUGGGGUAGUGUACGAUUGGGCACUGACAUUCGGACAAGAGGUCGAACUGGUCUGGAGGCAACGCUGGUCCCUGAUGACUGCUCUAUAUCUCAGUGUGCGCUAUCUUGGAAUAAUAUAUGCUGUCCUGAGCAUACUGGUCUCUGUUCCAACAAUCCCGAUGACAGAUGCAGUGAGCUAUGUUGGUUAUGUCGCCCUAGAUUGGAUGGACGUCGUCGUAAAUGUAAUUUUGGGCGUCAUUAUGAUCGCUCGGUUGCAUGCCAUGUCUCAGAAAUCCGGCAAAGUAGUGAUACUUCUUGUCGUCGUCUUCCUGGCUUCCAACACCUUCGACGUAGUGGUCGCAGCAAUGUUCACGAGGAAGACUUCAGCGGAGAUGUUCAUUCUCUCCGGCACCUACCUGUGCAAUAUUAAAUACGAGGGAAAUGCCCUAUCUCUGGAUUCCCUUACUUGGAUAAUAACCACUGUAUGGGAGGUCCUUGCACUGUGUCUCGCGGUCUGGAUUGCUGUGAAACAUUUCCGUGAACUGCGACGAGAAUCAGCAGGAGGGAUUAUCGGGGACUGUUUCACAGUGUUAAUUAAAUCCCAUGUGGUUUACUUUGCGAGCUUUCUUGCUAUUUCUUGCUUCCAGCUCGUUUAUUUGCUUUCACCGAUCUCAGCGGUAUGCCAACCUGUCACCGACCUCUGCAUUUGACCAUGGCUCAUCAUAUAUAUAGAACCAAUAUGCCAUGGAUAAUCAGGUUUACAAUGGUGCUCUGCAAAUUUUCUUGCUCGUGCAGAUGUUUGUGCUGGGACCACGCCUCAUCCUUAGCGUUCGAGAGUAUCACGCUAAGGUCA